AGAAGCAGUGCUGUCUGUCCGAGCGUGCAGAGGUGUUCAGCUGCGAACUCAGAGCAAAGCAAACAGUUCAAUCAGUCUGUGGGAUUUUCAGCAGAGUGACAUUAUGGCAGCAGCAGCAGCACCUGAUGAGGAUUUCAAUCAACCAGAACACAGCAGCUCUGACUUUGAGGAGUUGUCUGAGCUGAGGGUCGUUCUGCUGGGGAACAGCUGGUCUAAGAGGAGCUCAGUGGGGAACUGCAUACUGGGAGCAACUGUGUUCAGCUCUGAGGAUAAAGCAGACCUCUGUCUGAGAGUCAAAAGAGAGCUGAAGGGGAAAGAAAUAGAUCUCAUCAACACUCCAGAUCUGCUGUCUCCUAAAAUCUCCCCAGAAGAUCUGAGGAAACAAGUUGAGAACUGUGUGAGACUCUCUGCUCCUGGACCUCAUGUGUUCCUGCUGGUCCUCCAGCCUGCAGACUUCACUGAGGAUCACAAACAGAGGCUACAAAUGGUCCUUGAACUCUUCGGUGAUCCAUCAUUUGAUCGUUCACUGGCUCUGAUAAUGCCCAAAGACAAGAGUUCAAGUUCCAUUGAAAAGUAUCAGCAGCAUCCACAGUUAGGAGAGAUUAUCAAGAAAUGUAGAGAAAAAUUGUUGUGGCAGAAGAACCUGGAACAAGAGCAGCUGUUAGCAGCCAUAGAUACAGUGGUGAGGAAGAGCAUGGGAGAACAUGUGAGCUGUAAUGUUUUCAAUAACAAAAAAUCUGUUUUGUCCAGUAAUUACCCAAAAGAAAAAGUCUCUCCCAGCUUGGAUCCUGUUAGGGGCGCACAUAAACUCAGGAUAAUGCUGUUUGGAAAAAGUGAUGACAAGAAAUCAGCCCUGGAAAAAAUCAUCGUUGGGAAGAAAAGAUCCAUUGUGUCUAAAGUUCUUGGAGGAAAGCAAUGUCGCGCUGCCUCUGGAGAGUGGAACGGGAAACCGUUGACAGUAGUAAAGACUCCCAACAUCUUCAGUCUGCCUGUUGAAACCUUGUUUGAAGUGAUGAAGAGCUGUGUGAGUCUAUGUCCUCCUGGACCAAACGUUCUGCUGCUGUUAGUGAAACCUUCUGAUUUCACUGAGAAGAACAGAAAAACUCUGAAUUUGGUCCUGAGCUUGUUUGGUCAAGAUGCUUUCAAUCACUCCAUAGUGAUCCGAACACAUAAUGAGGAAGGGAAUAACUCAGUGGAUAAACUCAUUGAAGAAUCCAAACAAAGGCAGCACUUCGUUAAUUUUGACAGGAAAGACUCCUUCUCAGAUUCCUCAGAGUUGAUGGAAGAAAUGAAUGAGAUAGUGAGUAAAAACUGGGGAAAAUAUCUCAUGUUAAAAGAAGAGGCUAAACCCAAUCUGAAGUCCAGUCUGAACCUGGUUCUGUGUGGGAGGAGAGGAGCAGGGAAGACGUCAGCAGCCAAGGCCAUUUUAGGUCAGACUGAGCUUCAUUCAGCCUCCAACUCAUCAGAGUGUGUUAAACAUCAGGGAGAGGUGUGUGGUCGUUGGGUUUCCCUGGUGGAGCUGCCUGCCUUGUAUGGAAAACCUCAGGAGGCAGUGAUGGAGGAAUCAUUCAGGUGUAUCUCCCUCUGUGAUCCUGAGGGUGUCCAUGCCUUCAUCCUGGUCCUACCUGUGGCUCCCCUCACUGAUGAAGACAAGGGAGAGUUAGAGACCAUCCAGGAUGCAUUCAGCUCUCGAGUCAAUGACUUCACCAUGAUUCUGUUCACUGUGGACUCAGAUCCUACAGAUCCAGCUGUUGGUAACUUUCUAAAGGACAAUGAAGACAUCCAGGAGCUCUGUGAGAGCGCUGGAGGAAGAUCAGUUGUUCUCAACACCAAGAACAAACAGCAGAUCCCAGAGAUGUUUGAGAUUGUGAACAAAAUUAGUCAGCCUACAGGACAACUGUGCUGUUAUACAACUGCAACAUUUUUACACGCACAAAUGGAGAAAGUCUUAAAACUUGUCACUGGUGGUGAAGUUGGAGAACAGGACUCAGACUGUCUCAGGAUUGUGCUGAUUGGGAAGACCGGCUGUGGAAAGAGCUCUACAGGAAACACCAUUUUAGGAAGAGACGAGUUUACAGCUAAAUCAAGUCAAAUGUCGGUCACCAAAUGUUGUAAGAAAGUAGAGGGUGAGGUGAACGGUCGUCCUGUUGUUGUGGUCGACACUCCUGGUCUGUUUGACACAAGUUUGUCACCAGAAGGGGUUCAAGAGGAGCUGGUGAAAUGUGUCAGUCUUUUGGCUCCAGGACCACAUGUCUUCCUGUUGGUGAUUCAUAUCGGCAGAUUCACAGCAGAGGAGAAGGAGACACUGAAACUCAUCAAGCAAUUCUUUGGGAGAAAUUCUCAAAAGUUCACCAUCGUUCUUUUAACAGGAGGAGAUACACUGGAGCAUGACAAAGAGUCCAUAGAGGACUACAUCAAGAACAAUUGUGAUGAUUCCUUUAAGAAGCUGAUCUCUGACUGUGGAGAUACAUACCAUGUGUUCAAUAACCGUGACAAACAAAACCGCACACAAGUCAUUGAGCUGAUAGCAAAGAUUGAAAGCAUGAUGAAGGUCAAUGGAAGGCGCUGCUUUACCAACAAGAUGCUGCAAGAGUCUGAAACUGCGAUAAGGAAGGAGAUGCAGAAGAUUUUAAAGGAGAAGGAAGAAAAGAUGCAGAAAGAAAAGGAAGAGAUGGAAAUAAAAUAUAAAGAAGAUAUGGAGGCUAUGAAGAAAAGAAUUGAUGAAGAGAGAGAAAAGGAGAGAAUACAGAGAGAAAAAGAACUCGAAAAAAUGAGAAAUAAAAUUAGAGAAGAAGAAGAGAAGAGAAAGCAGGAACAGGAAGUCAGGGAAAAGGAGAAAAGGGAAAAGGAAGCUGAAGAAGAAAGACGUCGACAAGAGUUUGAAGCAGAACUUGAAAAGGUGGACAAACAAAUUCAGUCAGAAAAAGAGGCAAAAGAAAAUGUGGACAGAAAACUGGAAGAAGCCAGAGAAGAGAUGAGAAGAAAACAAGAGGAGUGGGAGAAAGAACAGAAGGAAUGGUGGGACAAACAACAACAAGACGAAGACAAAAGACGAGAGGAAGAGAAAGAAAAAAUGGAAAAACUACAGGAAGAUUAUAACGAAAAGCUGGAAUGUGAAAAAAUCAAUAAAGAAGACGAUCAAAGAAGAAGAGAAGAGGAAAUAAAAGGAUUGGAGGAAAUUCAUAAGAAAACUCUGGAUGAUCUAAAGAAGAAACAUGAAGAGGAAGCCAGAAAGAAAGCUGAAGAGUUCAACCAAGCCCAGAAGAAACACGUGGAUGAUUUAGCAAAACAAAGGGAAGAACAUAAGAAGGAAAUGUAUGACUUAGUGAGACGUGUGACCAAAAAGACUGAAAACUUGAACAAGAUCAAGAAAUUGAUGCUAACACAUGAAAAACAAAUGAAGAAUCAAACUAAUGAGGAGGACAUAGAAGACCUCCAGGAAAAACAAAAAGAUCAACUAAAUGAGUUGAUGAAAAAUAUUUUGGGAGAAGAGAUCAGCAGCUCAUCAGCCUGCAGCAUUUUAUGAAAUGAAACGUCAGAUGUUCUUCUCUUCCUGUCAUUUAGAUAAGAGAAUCUUUAAAGUAGCACAGAAACUGAUUAGUGAUCAUCAGUCUCAGCAGUGUCAUCAUUAAACUACAGGUCAUUACACCAACAUUAAAUAUGCUUCUGACUGGUAAAACUAAUUCAUCUCAUGUAUAGUAAUUAGCUGUUGUUACAUGUUACAUGCACUUCUGUGUUCCUGAGUUCUAACAUAAUUUUCCUUUCAGUUGUCUCUUCUUAUAAGCCUAAUUUUUGUGCAU